AACCUGAUCAAACCCUCUCCGCCGGCCAACCCACAGCCACACACACACACACACACACACACUAUCCAUGGCUUCUUCCGCCGUGCUCCUCCUCCAACCACCCAAUCUCUCCAACUCCCUUUCUCUCUCCUCUCGAACUCCCCCACCUCUCUUCUCUCUCUUCAAAACCAACACUACCUUCUCCUCCUCCGCCGCAGCUUCAAAAUCCCUCAGCCGCAGACCGCCGCUGGUAGUUACAGUCUCCGCAGCGCUCCAAGCUCUCAUAUUCGACUGCGACGGCGUAAUUCUGGAGUCGGAGCAUCUCCACCGCCAAGCUUACAACGACGCCUUCGAGCAUUUCAAUGUUCGCUGCCCAUCUUCUUCUUCAUCCCACCCCCUCAAUUGGACCCCCGAAUUUUACGAUGUUUUUCAGAAUCUCGUCGGCGGCGGAAAACCUAAAAUGAGAUGGUAUUUUAAGGAAAACGGUUGGCCAACUUCGACGGUUUUCGAUUAUUCUCCGGAAACUGACGAAGAGAGAGAGAAAUUGAUUGACAUUCUUCAGGUGUCAAUUCUUUUCGAGCUUGAUAAAUUAGGAAGAAAGCUAGCGGUUUGCUCUGCUGCGACUAAAAGUUCGGUUAUCAUGUGUCUGGAAAAUCUUAUCGGAAUGGAGCGCUUCCAAAGCCUCGAUUGCUUCCUCGCAGGAGAUGAUGUAAAACAGAAGAAGCCCGAUCCAUCAAUUUACGUGACUGCUGCCGAGAAACUCGGCGUAUCGGAGAAGGAUUGCAUGGUAGUAGAAGACAGUGUUAUCGGGCUGCAGGCUGCAACUGGAGCAGGAAUGCCGUGUGUGAUUUCUUAUACGUCGUCAACUGCUGACCAGGAUUUUAAAGAAGCAGCAGCAAUCUACCCUGACUUGAGCAAUGUCAGAUUGACAGAUUUGGAGGCAUUGCUUAAAAAUGAGGUUCCUGCAAAUUAAAUCAUUUUUUUUUGCAGUGUGAUACAUAAUUGUAAGUUGUAACAUUAUAUUUGAAUCUUUGGCCAAAAAAAAAAAUGUACAUAUAUCCUAAGAGAUGUAUAUCUGUACUAAAAUGUAAAUCCGGGACCGAAAUGCAAUGAUCAUAAGAAAUGUAAAUUUUAUUUUCGUAUUUU